CGCAGGGAGCUUCCGCGCACGCGCGGUGAGGCCCAUCUGACCGACCUUCAGCAAGGCGGCUACCACCAUGUUCCGUCGGGCAGCCCUCACUGGGGUCUCGGCCUGGGCCCUGCAACCGCAACGGACCCAUGUUCGAAAUAUGGCAACUUUGAAAGAUAUUACCAGGCGACUAAAGUCGAUCAAAAACAUCCAGAAAAUUACCAAGUCUAUGAAAAUGGUAGCAGCAGCAAAAUAUGCUCGAGCUGAGAGGGAGCUGAAACCGGCUCGCGUAUAUGGAGUAGGAUCUUUGGCUCUGUAUGAAAAAGCUGAUAUUAAGGGGCCUGAAGACAAGAAGAAACACCUCAUCAUUGGUGUGUCCUCGGAUCGAGGACUUUGCGGUGCUAUUCAUUCCUCAGUUGCUAAACAGAUGAAAAGUGAGGUGGCCGCACUCACAGCAGCUGGAAAAGACGUUAUGAUUGUUGGAGUUGGUGAUAAGAUCAGGGGCAUACUUCAUAGGACUCAUUCUGACCAGUUUCUGGUGACAUUCAAAGAAGUGGGAAGGAAACCCCCUACAUUUGGAGAUGCAUCAGUCAUUGCCCUUGAGUUAUUAAAUUCUGGAUAUGAAUUUGAUGAAGGAUCUAUUAUCUUUAAUAAAUUCAGAUCUGUCAUCUCCUAUAAGACAGAAGAAAAGCCCAUUUUUUCCCUUAAUACCAUUGCAAGUGCUGAGAGUAUGAGUAUCUAUGAUGAUAUUGAUGCUGAUGUGCUGCAAAAUUACCAAGAAUACAGUCUGGCAAACAUCAUCUACUACUCUCUAAAGGAGUCCACCACUAGCGAGCAAAGUGCACGGAUGACGGCCAUGGACAAUGCUAGCAAGAAUGCUUCUGAGAUGAUUGACAAAUUGACUUUGACAUUCAAUCGCACCCGCCAAGCUGUCAUCACAAAAGAGUUGAUUGAAAUCAUCUCUGGUGCGGCAGCUCUGGAUUAAUGAAAAUCAAGUUUCAUUCUCAGAAAAGAGGUAAAGAAGAGAAAUUAAGCCAGCUGAUUUUGUUUAGCUUACUGCUGUUCUUGUCAGAAGAAACUAUUGGUUCAUUGUUUAAAAUUACUAAAGACGGCAAGAUAUUUGUAAAUUAUCUUACAAUAAAUAGAUUACAAUAA